AUGUCUUCUCUCACUCGAACUUUUAAGAAUUUUCUCAAAAUAGGCCCUAGAGAUUACUUGAGACAAAUGUUGUAUAUUGGUGAUACUAGAGCUGGAACUCUUGAUGAUCGCGUGUUAGAGAACGAUCGUGUAAAUUCGGCUUACUUUAGUUUGUUGAGCGAGGGUCGAGAUCGAUGGGUAGAUUAUACCAAACACUAUGGUGAUGCUAGUCAAAUUCCUCCUGAAUGGCAUAGCUGGAUUCAUAAGAUUACAGAGGAUCCUCCUACUAUCGAUCCUCCACCACGUCCAAAGUACCUCUCCCCUUUUACCGAGAAUUUUACAGGAACCCGUAAGGCUUUUAAGACCUAUAGUACAACAGGUCCUAAAAUCCUCUCUUGGGAACCAAAAGUUCAUCAAAGGAUAGAUUAA